UACGGGAGAAGAUGGGGGGGGGGGGGGGGGCGGGGAAGAGGAUAUAAAAUGAGAGGCGGGGCGCGCGCCGCGGCAGAAAGAGCGAAGCUCUGGCCCGGCGCAGUGUGGGUGCACUCCGGGGUUGCUGGGCCGGGCACCGGGCUGUGUUGAGAAGUGAGCGCGAUCGCUUGACCCCGUCCUCGCCACCCGGAGUCAGAGGGGUGACCUCCUGAGGCCAGCACCGAGGCCACAGUGCUCCGAGCUCUCCGCCCGGCCACAUCUUUGUGCACUCAACCAGCUCGCCGCUGUCGAGCCUGCCGUGCCCCCGCCCUGACGCCCCUUCUCCCCCGCCCAGCAGCUAGGUCUGUGGUGGAAGCAGCCUCGAAGUAGCUCGUACAAGACCACUCAAGGUGAAGGAUAAUCUACUAAUACCACCAGCACUUUGAAUGAAAAGUUGUUUCUCUGCCACAAACUGAACACUUUUUUUUUUUUUUUUUUGGUGUGUGUGUGGGGAAGUUGAAACACAAAUCUAAUUUUGUGGCAUAGCAGCUAUGCAGCUUGAAAUCCAAGUAGCACUAAAUUUUAUCAUUUCAUAUUUGUACAAUAAGCUUCCCAGGAGACGCGUCAACAUUUUUGGUGAAGAGCUUGAAAGACUUCUUAAGAAGAAAUAUGAAGGGCACUGGUAUCCUGAAAAGCCAUACAAAGGAUCAGGGUUUAGAUGUAUACACGUAGGGGAGAAAGUGGACCCCGUGAUUGAACAAGCAUCCAAAGAGAGUGGUUUGGACAUUGAUGAUGUUCGCGGCAAUCUGCCGCAGGAUCUUAGCGUUUGGAUCGACCCUUUUGAGGUUUCCUACCAAAUUGGUGAAAAGGGACCAGUGAAGGUGCUUUAUGUGGAUGAUAAUAAUGAAAAUGGAUGUGAGUUGGAUAAAGAGAUCAAAAACAGCUUUAACCCAGAGGCCCAGGUUUUUAUGCCCAUAAGUGACCCAGCCUCAUCAGUGUCCAGCUCUCCAUCGCCUCCCUUUGGUCACUCUGCUGCUGUAAGCCCUACUUUCAUGCCCCGGUCCACUCAGCCUUUAACCUUUACCACUGCCACUUUUGCUGCCACCAAGUUUGGCUCUACCAAAAUGAAGAAUAGUGGCCGCAGCAACAAGGUUGCACGUACUUCUCCUAUCAACCUUGGCCUGAAUGUGAAUGACCUCUUGAAGCAGAAAGCCAUCUCUUCCUCAAUGCACUCUCUGUAUGGGCUCGGCCUGGGUAGCCAGCAGCAGCCGCCGCAGCAACAGCAGCAGCCAUCCCAGCCGCCACCGCCACCACCACAGCCGCAGCAACAGCAGAAAACCUCUGCUCUUUCUCCUAAUGCCAAGGAAUUUAUUUUUCCUAACAUGCAGGGUCAAGGUAGUAGUACCAAUGGAAUGUUCCCAGGUGACAGCCCCCUUAACCUCAGUCCUCUUCAGUACAGUAAUGCCUUUGAUGUGUUUGCAGCCUAUGGAGGCCUCAACGAGAAGUCUUUUGUAGAUGGCUUGAAUUUUAGUUUAAAUAACAUGCAGUAUUCUAACCAGCAAUUCCAGCCUGUUAUGGCUAACUAAAAAAAGGAAAAAAAAAUUAUCAUACAAGUUAAAAGUACAAGUUAAAAUGCUCGGGCCCAAGGAGGACUUUUUUUCACCUCCUUGAGAUUUUUUUUUUUUAAGCUUAUAGUAAGGAUACAUUCAAGCUUGGUUACAGAAAUAAAACAUGCAUCAUUUUUCAUUUGCCAACCAAGCACAAAGUUAUUUUAUACUGACUGUAUAUUUUAAAGUAUACUCUCAGAUAUGGCCUCUUACAGUAUUUAAGAUAUAGCAAGGACAUGGCUGAUUUU